AACCAAAAUUAAAUAAUGUGUUUGCCAUUAUGUUUUACAAACAGAUAACAAAAUGGAUCUUUUGACGAUAUUACGGUCACUGGUGAUUGCACUCCUUGUUACGAGGGUAAAAGGUGUCAGGUAUCAACAAACAGUCCCCGUGAAUGAUGUGAAUAAAACAAAUGGUUGUCUUAAAUGUCCUGGAUCGCCAUUUAAAGAUUCAAUUGAUCUCUGCGAACCUGAAAGACCACCAACUUUUCAUGAUCUGACGAGUGAGGAAAUUAAAGCAAUUUUUCAUUUCAUGCUCUCACAGAAAAGUUUGAAUUUGACAAUGCAGAGUGAGGCAACUUUGUCUUCAAACUACAUUUACACCAUGGAAUUAAUUCUUCCUAAAAAGAAGUCCAUCGAAAGUAAUCCUCACGGAUUGAAACGGAAAGCGUUGGUCACUGUAUUUCAUGGUGGAAAAGUUAAUCCUGUUGUAGCAGAGUAUUGCGUGCAGCUAGCUCCACGUCCAGGAUUUUGUGGAAUACCUAGAUAUAUCCCAUUUUCCUUCAGACCUGCCACAUAUCCAGAAACAUUUGCAGCUGUUGAAGUUCUCAUAGAGGAGGCAAAUAGGCUGGCUGGAGAUAUUUUGCUUGAGAGUUUUGAGGGUUCUCUUGUGAACUGUGGAAACAGGUGUCUUGGGUUUGAAAUAAGUAUUCCUUAUGCUGCAAUAAUUUCGGGAAUUCGAGAUAAAGGUUUUCGAGGUUUCUGGUUUCCUUUUUUUCAACGACGACGCCCAAGUACGUUAAAUCCUGUUGAUUUUGUUGUUCUUGUCACUAUAAAUGAGACUGCUACACCACAAACUGCAGAUGUGUGGUACAAUGGCCAACUGUUUGAUUCGCUUCAAUCAUUUAGAGAAGCUUGGCUAAGAGGAACGGUGAAAAAACUUCAUGUGAGUUUCCCCGCAGAUCCACAUUCACCUGAAGUGUUUCCUCAACAUCCACAAAGGCCUCCAACAGAAGUAGAACCAGACGGAAAACGUUACUCAAUCAAAGGCCAGUCAGUCCACUACAUGAACUGGGACUUUCAGUUUGGAGUAUCACCUACUCAUGGUCCUCAGUUGUAUCAAAUCAAAUUCAAAAAUGAAAUGAUCGUUUAUCAAUUAGGUCUGUCAGAGAUGACCGUUUUCUAUUCAUCUUCAGAACCCAUUGGCAGAUUUGCCAAUUUCUUUGACAGUGUCGUUUUGAUUGGAAACAACAUUCAAACAUUGGUUCCAGGCGUUGAUUGUCCAAGUCAUGCAACUUUUGUCGACACAAGAUUUAUGUUAGAAUUUUCAGAUAUGCCAGUUAUAAAAAAUAAGUCUGUAUGCGUGUACGAACACAAUACGGGUAUCCCGCUAAGACGACAUUAUGUAAGAGAUGACUCCCCAUCUGGCUAUUAUGAAGGUGCACCUAAAACUGUACUUGUUCUCAGGAUGAUAUCAACUCUUGCAAACUAUGACUAUAUCUAUGACUUUAUGUUCUACAACAAUGGCGCAAUGGAGACUAAAGUAACGACAUCAGGGAUUGUAUUGCAGUCCUACGUCCAAGAUGGCUGUAAUUACGGCUUCCAGAUAAAUAAACAAGCAACAGGCAUGCUUCAUCAUCACAUGUUUAAUUUUAAGGUUGAUCUCGAUAUCGGAGGCACAAAAAACAGUUACUCAACAUAUGAUAUACGUGAGGAAAGUGUUCCAAACCAAUUUCUAAAGGGAAGGUAUUCUGAAAAAUGGUUCCAAACUAAAAUAGUUAAAGAAGAUUAUUCCACGGAGAGAGAGGCCGCUUUAAGAUAUAAUUUUAGCCAACCAAAAUACCAUGUGUUCUACAAUGAAAAAAAUAAAGAUGAAUUUGGGAAUCCUAAAGCGUAUCGGCUCUUAUUAAGAGGAAUGUCCAAAAGUCUGUUCAGAGCAGGAGUAGGGAACGAGCCAGGAGCUUCGUGGAUGAGGUAUCAAUUGGCAGUCACAAAGAGAAAGGAAACUGAGCAAUUUAGUAGCUCUAAAUAUGCUACCUUUGAUGGCGAAGACCGAAUUGUUAAUUUUGAGAAUUUUAUAGGAGAUGAACCCAUUCAGCAAGAGGACCUUGUUGCUUGGGUCACCUUAGGCAUCCACCACAUACCCAAUACGUCAGAACUUCCCAUUAUGCAAACUGUCGGAGGUGACGUCAGCUUCUUCCUUCUGCCUUUCAAUUAUUUCCCCAAAGACCCAAGUUUGGGAAUUCGUGACAGCGUUGGAAUGUGUUACAAUGGUCCAAAAGGUCCUCUGAAGGUUCUCUCAAACAUGGAGGGAGUUGAUUGUGUACCAAGGCCUUCUUACACAGUGGGGGACCUAGCAGCAAAUCCUGAAGACUUCUUACCUCGACCUUAAUUUGAGAAGCGACCACACAAAAAUGAGACGAAAAAUAAGACAAACCAAAUUUUUCUUUCUAAAACCAGGAAUCAUGAGAAUUAUUGAAAAACGAAGUAGGAUAACAGCCGCAUAUUUGCCCUAAGUAUGACGUAAAAAUUAACAACACGAUUAAAAUCGUGAUAGUUUGCAGCAAAAACACAGUAUAUUAUGUAAAAUUUGUAUGUACAUCACAUUUUUUAAUAAAUAUAGCAUAAUCGUUUGUGAUCUAUGUCUAGUAUGUUUUGCUUUGUAUUACAUGUGUAUUUGUUGUUUACUUAAACGUAUGACUUGUUUGGUUAUUUGUCAUAUUAUGUUUUGCUUUGUCUUAUUUGAAUGUACAUAUACAUAUGUCUUGUUUGAUUAUUCUGUAAUUUAUUUAUUUUUCUGAGAUUUGUAUGUACAAGUGCAUCGGAUUCAAGUGAUUGUAAUAGAUAAAUGUGGUAGAUGGUCAAGCUUG